CCGUGCGACGGACAGGAGCGAACAAGCUAGCGAGCGACGGAGGUCAGCCCCCCCAUGCCGCACGCACCCCGGAUCCCAGCUCGCGGUUGAGUGAUCCUGCAGAAGAGAGAAGCCCCAGGCCCAGGCCAGCCUCCAUCGGAGACCCCGGCCAGCUCCCUCGGGAUGCAGGAGGAACAGCCCCAGGAGGCUGCGGAGGAGCCAGCCCCUUCGACCGAGGCGUCGGAAUGUGACCCCGGAGUGGUCCCUGGAGACUCCCAGAAUCUCUCUGACGUGGACGCUCUUAAGAUCCUUUUGGAGAUGAAAAUGAAGAAGAGACAAAAGCAGCCCAGUCUGCCCGGCACCGUCACAGAGCUGGUCACGGAAGAAGGGAGUAAGGUGUACGUGGUCGGCACAGCCCACUUCAGCGAUGACAGUAAGCGAGAUGUAGUGAAGACCAUCCAGGAGGUGCAGCCAGACGUGGUCGUGGUGGAGCUUUGCCAGUACAGGGUUUCCAUGUUGAAGAUGGAUGAGAAGACGCUGCUGAAGGAGGCCAAGGAGCUCAGCCUGGAAAAGCUGCAGCAGGCCGUCAGGCAGAACGGAGUCAUGUCAGGCCUGAUGCAGAUGCUGCUUCUGAAGGUCUCGGCACACAUCACAGAACAGCUGGGGAUGGCCCCUGGGGGCGAGUUCAGAGAGGCUUUCAAGGAGGCCAGUAAAGUACCUUUCUGCAAGUUCCACCUUGGGGACAGGCCUAUCCCGGUGACCUUCAAGAGAGCCAUCGCGGCCCUUUCCUUCUGGCAGAAGGUGAAACUGGCCUGGGGCCUGUGCUUCCUCUCUGACCCCAUCAGUAAGGACGACGUAGAAAAAUGUAAGCAGAAGGACCUGUUGGAGCAGAUGAUGGCGGAGAUGAUUGGCGAGUUUCCCGACCUCCAUCGGACCAUCGUCUCCGAAAGAGACAUCUACCUGACCUACAUGCUGCGGCAGGCUGCCAAGCGUCUGGAGCUGCCUCGCGCUUCGGAAGCCGAGCCCAGGAAGAGCGUCCCCUCUGUGGUGGUUGGAGUGGUGGGCAUGGGCCACGUGCCCGGCAUCGAGAAGAACUGGAGCACGGACUUAAACAUCCAGGAGAUCAUGAGCGUUCCUCCCCCGUCCAUCUCGAGCAGAGUGGCCAGGUUUGUCGUGAAAGCUGCCUUCUUUGGACUGAUGUGCUACGGCUUCUACCGGGUGGGAAAACGGACGGUCACCCUAAUCCUUUCCAUGACAGCCACGCGGUCAUGUCUCCAGAGACUGGCUGAGAUCAGACCUCAGAAAUAAGGCGGCAGCGGCGGCGGACAAAGCCGGGCGGGCAGCGACCAAAAACCAGAAUGGGUGCUAACAGCCAUACACACAACAGGGCCUGCAGGAGCCGGGUGGGGCCGGGGGGCAGGGCUGGGGCCGACGUCCGCCCCGUAGCCGCGGCCCGACCGGCGGCGUCCGCCAGGUGUCGGUGCAGCCUUGAGCGUCUUCUGGCUUGGUCCCUUCCCCCAAGGGUCUCUGGUGGUGGGUUCCUGCUGAGUGGUGCGGGGACAGCUCUGGACCGUGUGUUGGUAUCAUGAUACCAUUGUUAGUUCUUGGUGCCAGGCACCUAUAGGAUAAGACAAUUCAAUGAUCAUCUUGUAACGGGGAGAAUUUUAUAUCAAUCAUCAGCAUCUGUGUGUGUGUGUGUGUCGGGGCAGGGGGUGCUGUUUUAAAAGUUCCUAGCUUCUCAAACAAACCUGUUAGCUGCAGACCUGACUGUGUCCUGCGUGCCCAUCCGUGCCCUCCUCCGCAGUGGCCUUCACCCUGGCCCCCUCGCUCCUCGUCCCCCAUUGCCCAGUGGCCCAGGCCAGCAGCAGGGCCCCCUCUCUCCUCGUUUUCCGAGGGAGCCCUGAGGAACGGCUCAGGGGAGGCUGACCACCGGAGCCUUCCCCGGACGCAGCUUUCUCCCCCGGAGGCUUUAUUUAAUGAGCUAUCCUUUCCAGACCAGUCAGCAGGACGCGGGUUGGGGGGUUUACCUCCAGGGCUGUUGCCUUGGGUCCAUCUGAGACAACUCGCCCGCUUUGCUCUGCCCUCUGCCCCUUGCACACCUCUCCUUUCCAAAUCGUGGUCUGGAACGCAAGGGUCCCGGCCCCCCCACCCACACCCCCCCGUCGAGGCAUGGAAUCAGUCCUGACCGCCCAGAGGGGACGGCUGUCGCUGCUGCUCCCUGUCACGGGAGACUUCCCGCGUGGCCUCCUGGUGCCCUCUCUGGGCCCCCUUGCCCAGCCCGCUGGCUCCAUCUCACCCACUUCCCUUGAGCCUUGGGAGGGACCUCCGAGACGCGCUCAGUCAUCUCUUGCCACGAGAAGCCUCCGAGUCAUGCCCCCCCAAGCCUGCACAGGCCGGUUUGUCUUUGGCCGGCCCCUAAUGGUACCAGUUGCUGGGGAUCUGGGAUGUGGGCCUUGGCCUUCCUUAGCUUUAGGGGCCCAGCCGGGAGGCCCGGGCUCUGCUUUGCCUUCUUGGGGGUUUUUGGUUCAUGGUUUGUUUGUUUUUUUGUUUUUAAAGAUAUUUCUAGCUUGUAUAGUUCUGUAUGUUCUGCUUUUAAAAAGCUGAUAAAACCUCUGCUCAGGUAAUUUUAAUUAAAAAGAAAACUAAUUAAAUGUGAGACAAGCCUUAAGCUGGGUUAGGACAAACAGUAGGCUUGUCUCCAAGCCUGUGGCCUGGGAGCAGGGAGGGGGUGGGCGGAAGCAGCUCCCAGGGGGUCUGGCCCUGACAGCCAGGCACCACAGGCAGGGGCUUCUCAUUUGGCUUAGGAGCGGGUUGGUUGGGCCUUUGGCUGCAGCCUGCCUCCCAUGUUUCCCCUCUGCAGUCCAUCCAUCCGUCCAUCCAUCUAUCCUCCUUGUGUGAGAGCCUGCAAAGCUGUGUUGUACUGAGGCCACAGUAGGUUCUCCUGCCCCCUACGAGCCUUUGGGCCCGAGCUGCUGUUGGGAAUCCCCCCCCCCCCAUCCUGUGGGACAAGAUAAAGUAUUGUAAGCCCCCUCCUCAGUCUGUGUUCCUGUGCUUGGCAGUCAGAGAACAGUGGGGGCACUUGCCUCAAGACGCCCAGACCAGUCUGUGGCACGGCCUCAGAUGGGAUGUUGCAUCUCCCACGUGAGCGCCCCUGGGUGUGGAGGAGGUCGAUGGUGUAUCUUCCAGGGCUAAGCUGGGAAGAUAAGUCUCCUGGUCACUUCUGUCCCCCGCCCUCAGACCUGCUUCUGAGGCUGUCCACCCACUUCUGGCUCUGUGUCUUGUAUGCCCUGGGCCCAGAGGAGAUUGUGCUGAGGAUGCCCAUGCUGCUGCCGGGGGAUGAGGGCCUGAGGGGAAAAGAAAUGCAUUUCCCCCCCAUUCCAUAGACAUUUGUUGAGCACCUAGUGUAUGCCAGGUGCUGUGCUGAGGCAGCAGAGAAGUAGUUGCUUCCAUCCCCAUUCCAGCCCUGGCUGCCCACCUUCCACCCUCUUCGUCUCCUUGUGUAGAGCAGACUGCUUUGAUGACUGUUUACAAGAUGCUUUAGAGGUAAAUUAAUGUCUUUUUGAUGCAAUGGGCUAGAGUCUGGCUAUUGACUCACUUUUCUGACUCAGUGUUGAACCAAAUCAGAUGAAAUGUAACCGGUUGGAGAAUGUUUCCCCAAAGUGUCAUGGAAGACCGUGGGCCAGCCUGGCGGACAGGGCCAGCCGGGCCGCUCUCGAGGUGAAGCACCACGGUUUCUUAAGUGCCAGGCUGUAGUUACAGGCUACAGUCCUCUCAAUAAUGUCCUUCGUGUAAUUCAGAGAUUUGUGGUUUCCUUGUGAAGUUAAAAUAAACUUUAAUUUUAGAAGA